AUGGAGCGAGGACUACAUACCAAAUUCAAUUUCGCCGUUCGAGCAGGCAAAUGCACCAUCCUGCGCCUCCUAUAUCUCUUCUACGACCUCCAACCCGACUCAGGGCGUAUUCUAAUCGACGGUCAAGACAUCUGCACAGUAACGCUCUCAAGCCUGCGUCGCGCAAUAGGCCAAGACCCCGUGCUCUUCAACGCCAGCAUUGGGUAUAAGAUUGCUUAUGGCCAACCUUCGACUAGACCCGCUGAUGAAAACACUAUCGUCUCGAGCGCCCAAGCUGCUCAGAUGCAUGACCGUAUCAUGAAUUUCCCAGAGGGGUACGAGACGAAGGAUUUCCUUGAACUCAAUGGCCUCUUCGCAUCCAUGUGGGCAGACCAGAUCAGCGCGUCCAAAGAUCCCAAAACCCCAGCUAGAUACGUCCUCGACAUUCCCUAA